GAAUGGGAGCAGAUUACGGUUCCUUUGCAAAGCCGAAUUCUUUCUCUGUUCAUACAUUUCUGAUCUAUUGCAAAUAUGGCAGCUAACGGAGACCUUCCCGCACUUCACACUUCCCCAGAGGAGUUCUUGAAGCAUGACUAUGACUUUAUUGUUGCCGGUGGCGGUACAGCAGGUCUCGUCGUUGCUGCUCGAUUGACCGAGAAUGAGGAUAUCAAAGUCGGUGUCCUCGAGGCUGGAACCUCAAAGCUCGGUGAUAUGCUCGUCGACAGCCCUGUCAUGUUUAUGCAGACUUUCAACAACCCAGAUUACGACUGGAGCUUCAUGACUGAGCCACAGACGGCCAACAAGAACCGACGACACCACAUUCCUCGAGGAAAGGCACUCGGUGGAUCUUCUGCCAUCAACUACAUGAUGUACGUUCGUGGAUCCAAGCAAGACUACGAUGACUGGGCGAUCAUCUCUGGUGACGAGAGCUGGAAUGCGGACGAAAUGAUGAAGUACAUGCGCAAGCACCAGACACUCGAGCCAAUCGAUGACAGCGUCACCGAGCGAUCGACCUAUCCAUUCGUUGGCGAGAAUCACGGUACCUCUGGCCCAGCCAGAACUUCGUUCAACGACUGGCGUCUGCCAAUUGAGGACGACUUCAUUAAGGCUUGCGACGAGGCUUGUGGUCUAGAUAAGAAGCCUGUGGACCCAUGGUCGGGUGAUCACAUUGGCUUCUACAACACCCUCGGUCUCGUUGCCCGCUCAGGACCAAACAAGGGACUCCGAUCUUAUGCUGCUCGCGGCUACUUCCAAGCCAACGCUCACCGACCAAAUCUCCACGUCCUGACUUCCGCCAUGGUUCAGCGCAUCGAACUUGAUGGCACUCGCGCUACCGGCGUGACAUUCACCCAUGGUGGUCAGACUCACACCGUGGGCGCUAAGAAGGAGGUAAUUGUGGCCGGUGGUGCCAUUCAGUCUCCACAGAUGCUGGAGCUGUCUGGUAUCGGUAAUCCAGAUGUUCUCCGCGCCGCAGGCGUUGAGCCAAAGAUUGAGAAUAAGGCCAUCGGCGAGAACUUCCAGGAUCACGUCCUGACUGUGGGCUGCUGGGAGGUCAAGCCUGGUAACAUGACUCUCGAGGCGAUUCACAACCCAGCCGUCAUGGAGCAAGCCCAGAAGGCGCUUGCUGAGACUGGCGGCGGCCCAUUGACCAGCGUCUGCUCCAUGCAGGGUUUCUUCCCGUUCAAGCAAUUCGCCACGCAGGAGGAGCUCGACAGCACAAUCAAGAGCAUCGAGGCCGACAUUCCAAACUUGACCCCAUACCAGCAAAAGCAAUACAAGCAAACGAUCGCCCACCUCAAGGACGACAAAUCCGCCAACCUCCAAGUCGUGCUCGUGCCCAACCGCUUCGGCAUGGAGAAGGGUAUCGAAGACCAAUCCGGCGUCUUCCCACCUCCAGCAGACCCCAUCAACGACCCAUACGCCAUUUCCGCAGCCCUGUGCUUGCAAUACCCUCUCAGCAGAGGAACCGUGCACAUCAAAACCAACAAAGCCGAAGACCACCCCGCCGUCGACCCCGCUUUCCUGAAGCACGAGGCCGAUGUCGACGCCCUCGCCGCCGGCUUGAAAAUGCUGGGCAAAGUCGAACAAUCCCCUCACCUCAGCGAUAAGAUCGCAAAGCGUGUGUUCCCUGAUGCCAAGGCCGAUAUGACUUCCACCGCUCAGAUGAAAGAGGCCGUGCGAGAUAUUUGUAUGAGCGAGUAUCAUGCUUGCGGAUCUGUUGCCAUGGGUGAUGCGACUGAUACGAAGUUGAUUGUGAAGGGUACGCAGAAUGUGAGGGUUGUGGAUGCGUCGAUUUUCCCGAAUCAUGUUUCUGGAAAUAUUGUGUCGAGUGUUUAUGCUGCGGCGGAGAAGGCUGCGGAUAUUAUUAAGAAUGAUUGGUUGCAUGGGGGGUUGAAUGGGGUUGUUGCUGCUUAGAAUGGUAAGAUGAAGUGAUGUGGGGGAGGUUUGUAUAUAGUCUGUUUGAUGUGAUACCAGACCAUGAGAGAAAUGUAAAUGAUUGACUACAAGUC